UCUCAUCAGCGAAACAGGCCCUAAUUGAAUCACCGCAACCCGCCUCGUACACACAAUCUCUGGAGGCUCAAGUCCUCGAGAACCGAUAAAAACGCAUAAUCACCACAAGUUUCACUGAACUCUCCAUCAAUUCUAAAAAGGGUAGACUCUAGAAAGAAAAAGAAUCCCCAAUCCAUAAAGCCCUAAUCUUGCUGCAUAGUUAGGGCUUGUCUUCUCCAAUACUCUCUUUUCUUUCUCACUGCUUGAAACCCUCCCUAGCCAGCAAUGGACGCUCAGAGAGCUCUUCUAGACGAGCUCAUGGGUGCAGCGAGAAACCUGACGGAAGAAGAGAAAAAAGGGUACAAGGAGGUUACUUGGGAUGAUAAGGAGGUUUGUGGAUUCUAUAUGGUGCGGUUUUGUCCUCAUGAUCUCUUCGUCAACACUCGAAGUGAUCUCGGACCAUGCCCUAGAAUUCAUGAUCAAAAGUUGAAAGAAAGUUUUGAAAAGUCUCCAAGACAUGAUUCAUAUGUGCCUCGCUUUGAAGCUGAGCUUGCUCAGUUUUGUGAGAAAUUGGUUAUGGACUUGGAUAGAAGAGUGAGGCGUGGGCGUGAACGCCUUGCCCAAGAGGUGGAAGCAGCCCCACCUGCUCCACUUUCACUGGAGAAAUCUGAGCAAUUAUCUGUGUUAGAGGAAAAAAUAAAGAAUCUGUUGGAACAAGUUGAGGCCCUUGGUGAAGCUGGCAAGGUGGAUGAGGCUGAAGCACUCAUGAGGAAGGUGGAGAUGCUGAAUGCUGAGAAGACAGUCUUGACUCAACAACCCCAGAAUGACAAAGUCCUAAUGCUUGCACAGGAGAAAAAGAUGGCUCUGUGUGAAACCUGUGGUUCUUUUCUGGUAGCAAAUGAUGCUGCAGAGAGGACUCAGUCUCAUGUCACAGGAAAGCAGCAUAUUGGUUAUGGCAUGGUUCGGGAUUUCAUCACUGAGUACAAGGAAGCCAAGGAGAAGGCAAGGGAAGAAGAAAGAUUAAAGAGGGAGAAAGAAGCUGAAGAGAGGAGAAAGCAGAGAGAGAAGGAAUCUGAGAGCAGAAGUCGAAGAGCUGAUUCUGGUGAUAGGGACAGGACUCGUGACCGAGAUAGAGACAGGGAGCGGGAUCGAUACAGAGAACGAGAACGGGAUCGUGAAAGGCCUCGAGAGUGGAAUGGUAGAGGAUACAGAGAUGGAGGAAGAGGAACAGAUUGGAGGCACAGCAAUUCCAGGGAUGGAAGAGAUGGAGGCAGGGAUAGGUACCGUGAUCGGAGCAGGUCACGUUCCCCUGUUAGGCAUAGCCACAGGAGGUCCCCUCAAAGUCCAGUUCGGCCAUAUUAGUGGACUGUGUAGAUAGAUAUCUGAGCUUUGAAAUCAAGAGGUAGACCUUCUUAUAUCUCACAGUUUUAUGAAUGCGUGAGUUAAAUUGUCAUCAUGGACACAUAAACUUACUUUUUGUCAUCUCACAGCUUUAUUGAGACUUUACCAUGGCCCUAUCGCCAAUAUUGUUAGAGGAGAAAGGGUUGAGGUAGGUAUUGUAACUCUUUUUUUAUGAUCUAUUGUUAGGCUUUGGUUGAACUAAACAUCUUUUAUGAGUUGCUUCUCUGAAACAUUGUUUUCAGAGUCUUUUAUUGGGCUUCUUUUUUAUUGUCAUUGCUGGAUACAUUAUUGUCAAAUAGUUAAGAGGACAGAUCCAAAAUAUAUGCAUCAAUUACAGCUGCUGAGGAGGAUUAUGGUUUUUUUCUCAAAUCUGAGGUAACACAUAAAUCUCAAUUAUCCCGACGAAGCCCAUGGAUUAAUUUCCCUACUUAUCAUGGACUCAGGUUUUCUUUCUUUAUGGCCUUUCAGUUGUCAAGUGUCUUCAAGCAAAUCGUUGCUUGUAAAUGCUGCUCGAUGCUCUUCCCUUCACCUGCCCCUGCCCCUGCCCUUUUUUAGUUUAUGGUUCUUGAAUGACUUGAGCAGUGCAUGUGCAAUGCGCAUGAGUUGGAAGUUACAAAAAUCAGGAGACAUGGGGAAUCUGAGGGUAACUAAUUUGCCAACUCUAUGUUACUUGUUUUACAGAGCUGGUGAUAGUUUUCAACUUUAAACUUCAUGGGCAGGGUCAGGCAAUGAACUAUGCUUCAGUUUGUCGAGUAGUACAUAGGUAACCUCUCUAUCUAUGCAGAGGGAUGCUCAUAGCUUCCUACCCAUAUAUCUGUCAAACUCAUUUUCUGAAGCAGAACCAUUGUUUCCACAUGCAUGAAUAUCUCCGUGGAUUGGGGUGUCGAGUCUCUUCCUGCUUCAAAAAAUAGUAAAAUUGCAACAGUGUGGGGUGCCUGGAGGUAACUGACUUGAUCUGUAGAAUAUGAUAUUUCUGUGUGGAGUUUGCAGGAAAGGCACCAAAGCAGGUAUUUUAUUGGGGCCUCGGUGGCAUAAAUUUGUGGCUGAUAAAAGUGGUAUUUAUAUAUAUAUAUUUUUUAUGAUAUGUAUGAAGAGUGACUUGUGCAGGGAAAUUAAUUUUACAAUGUAGGUGCUGCUUGGUGAAUUACAUAUGAUGAACAGAGUAGAUAAAUUGAGGAAGUCCUUUUAUGUAAUUGAAAUUGACAGGAACAUGGCAUGUAAUGCUUGUAGAAACAUAUGCCACUGGUAAUUGAAGAUUUUUGUGCGCUUGUCUGUC